AAUAAACCCGUCGACAUCAAAAUCUUAAGAAUAACGUAAACAUGUCUUCCGCCCCCGAGGAACCACAGACCAAGAUCCCCAUCGAAGAGGCGCGCAAGAUCUACGAUCUACCAAAUCCGAUGCCUCGACCCAUUAGAAGCCGUCAACUAAACAUGAUGUCAUACACCGAUGGUGAAGGUGUGAAGCGUGAGAUUUGGAUGCCGAGAGGGACCUCGACUCGGGCUUGCGAACUGUUGAUCGCGGAGGAUUGGGAUGAGCUUGCGAAGUAUCCUGUCCGGGGUCCAGAUAAUCUAAGCUAUCAGGAGGAGGAUGCGGCUGAAGCUAAAGAGAAUCAGAGGAAGGCUCAGGAGGAGAAGGACAAGGAGAUGAAAACUUCAACUGCUUAAUUUGUUCAAUGCGAUUUAUUGGGAUAGGUUGGAUCGUCUGAGAGGUACUUACCUUCAUUUGAGGCAUAACGCGCCAAAGUUAGCAGCAAUUAAUCAUCGU